GAUCUAAAACAGUUGCUAAUAUGUUGCUAAUACGUUGCUAAUUUUCAAACGCGGGUCCCGGGCAGGAGUCGCUGUCGUCAGCGUCACACCCGGCUCCUGCCGGCGAUGACAAACGGGAAGCCGCGGCGCGGAGGCUGUGGGCCGUGGAAAUGCAACAGAGAGCGCGCAAAGCGAAGGUCAGCCAUAUUGCGCGACUUCAGCAGACUGAGGGGAGUUUCCGCGGCUGCUCAUCCACACCAACGCCGCUAAAAUCACACCUGCCCUGCGGAAGGUGGUGGCGACAGACUUCUGCCUGAAGUAUCGCACGGCAGUUUUCCAGACCUUUGCUACGACUUUGAAAACGGACCCAAAAUGCCCAAACCGGUCAACGUGCGCGUCACCACGGUGGACGCAGAGCUGGAGUUCGCCGUGCAGCCCAGCACCACGGGCAAGCAGCUGUUCGACCAGGUGGUGAAGACCAUCGGCCUGAGGGAGGUGUGGUACUUCGGACUGCAGUACGCUGACACCAAGGGGUACCUCACCUGGCUCAAACUGGACAAAAAGAUGUACGGGGUCAACUACUUCGACAUCAAAAACAAGAAGGGCUCGGAGCUGUGGCUGGGCGUGGAUGCGCUGGGCCUGAACGUCUACGAGAAAGAGGACAAACUCACCCCGAAGAUCGGCUUCCCCUGGAGUGAAAUCAGGAACAUCUCCUUCAACGACAAGAAGUUUGUCAUCAAGCCCAUUGACAAGAAGGCGCCAGACUUCCUGUUCUACGCCCCGCGGCUGCGCAUUAACAAGCGGGUGCUGCAGCUGUGCAUGGGGAACCACGAGCUGUACAUGCGGCGCAGGAAGCCCGACACCAUCGAGGUGCAGCAGAUGAAGGCGCAGGCCCGCGACGAGAAGCAGCAGAAGCAGCUGGAGAGAGCCCAGCUGGAGAACGAGAAGAAGAAGAGAGAGGCGAUGGAGAAAGAGAAGGAGCAGACGGAGAGAGAGAAGCAGGAGCUGAUGAUGAGGCUGAACCAGUCCGAGGAGAAAACCAAGAAAGCAGAGAAAGACCUGCAGGAGCAGGUGCAGAGGGCCAUCACGCUGAAGGAGGAUGCGUUGCGGUUGGAGGCUGAUCGUCAGGCCGCCCUGCUGGCCAAAGAGGAGCUGAAGAGGCAGGCUGAGGACCAGCAGAAGGGCCAGGAGCAGCUGGCUGCAGAGCUUGCAGAACACAUCGCUCUGCUGGAGGAGGCCAAGAGGCGCAAGGAGGAGGAGGCAGAUACCUGGCAGCACAAGGCCCAGGAGUCGCAGGAGGACCUGAUGAAGAUGAAGGAGGAGCUGCACAUGGUGAUGACGGUGCCCCCCCCGCCCCCCCCGCCCGUGUUCGAGCACGUGGACGAGCAGGACGACAGCGAGGAGAACACCAGCACGUACAGCGCUGAACUGCAGAACGAGGGCAUCAACGACCACCGCGACGAGGAGGACCGGCUGACCGAGGCCGAGAAGAACCAGCGCGUGCAGCAGCAGCUGCUGGCGCUGAGCUCGGAGCUGGCCCAGGCGCGGGACGAGAGUAAGAAGACGGCGAAUGACCUGCUGCACACGGAGAACGUGCGCGCCGGCCGAGACAAGUACCGCACCCUGCGCCAGAUCCGCCAGGGCAACACCAAGCAGCGCAUCGACGAGUUUGAGUCCAUGUAGAGCCCAACACCGCCCAACACCACCUGCAGGGGGCCCCAACACCACCCAACACCACCUGCAGGGGGCCCCAACACCACCUGCUGGGGGCCCCAACACCACCUGCUGGGGGCCCAACACCACCUGCUGGGGGCCCCAACACCACCUGCAGGGGGCCCCAACACCACCUGCAGGGGGCCCCAACCCACCUGCAGGGGGCCUUGCCCACUAACCUUCUCUGAGUGGCCACUGUAGGAAUGUCCUCUUGAUUACCCCCCCCCCCGGCCCUCUGCCCUACCACACCCUGCCCCUCAGUCAGCCUCCCCCGCCCCUUUAUCCAACCUGCCCCGCCCCCCUGCCCCGCCCCUGCCUCCGCCACCAUUACGUUCAGGCGUGCUGUGGAACCCCAGCGCAGCGCGGCUGUCCGUCACUCUGCUGCCAUGGUGACAGGCCCCAGAGGAGCUGCCUCACAUUCCAGUGCCAAACCCCCCCCCCCCCCUUUCUCACCCAAACCCCCCCCUUCGGAGAGUAAAACUGAAGCUGUGUGAAUUGUGUGUAAUUUGACGAGAUUGGGCCAAAUUUCUUAUUGUUUUUAAACUUACAGGUGUCAGUGAACGAGGGGGAUGCUUACGGAGUAGUCUGCCAAGAGUAUGCCAGAACAUCACUUUUCCAUAUUUAUUGUUUUUUUGUUUUUUUGUAUUUAAAUAAAGGGCAAUUUCAUUUUUCCUUCUUUCCUGGGGGCCACUCGGGGGGGCCCCGCCGUGCGCGUCUCUUCAGGAGAAGAGUGCAUGUCCCGUUCUGUUCUUUCUCUAUCAUAGCUGAACGUAUGACAUCAUUAUAACCAUCAAUCAAUAAUAGGUAAAUAUUUAUAUAUGGGGUCAUUCCAAUGAUGAGAAAAGGGUUCUCUGUUGUAUAUUUUUUUCCCUAUUCCACGAUUGAUUUAAAUUUGUAUCAUGCAGUUCCUAUAUCAGCCAAAAGUAUGGUAGAUUAGUGUUACAUUUAUUGUCUUUAGAGUUCUUGAUUUAAGAGAUUUAUUUGUAAAUUAUUACAUUUUUUUUUAAUAUUCAGCUGCAUGUGUUUAAAAAUUGGUUUAGGAAAUUCCAAGGUACUUUUUUUGAUUUUUGUAAGCAGUAAAUGGUACCAGCAUUUCUGAAGACCCUGCAACCAAAUGCAAGCAGACUCCUUUCCUCUAUUUCUUUCUCACUGUUUCUAUAUCUCCCUCUCUGUCCCUCACAUUCCCGCCCUCUUUUCCAUCCCUCUUUCUUUCUCUCUCUACCCCCCCCCCCCCCACACUUUUAAUUUUGCAUGUUACAACUCAUGACAUCAUAAAUAUAGGAAAUGCACAUGAUGGCAUGAUGUCAUGAUGUCACUGAAGGAAGCCUGAAGGUCAGGUUUAGACGCAUGUCUGAUGCUGUGGUUACACACACACACACACACACACACACACACACACACACUCUCACGUGCUCACACACACACACACACACACAGAUAAGACAGACUCACGCACGCACACACGCACGCAUGCACACACGCAUGCGCAUUAACACACACACACCUACGCACGCACACAUAGACUUGCUAUUGAUGUUACAUUAAAAUGUCUUCUGAGCUUUUUUCCGGAAGCCCGUUUGUAGAGCUGGUUUUGUGGGUUGCUGAGAUCACCAUGGUUACGGCUCAGCCUCCGGGCCCAAUCCCUUGGUUCUGUGAGAUCACAUGGCCCACUGUACCUCUGCCAUGGGUUCGAGCUGAACCGGUUUCAUUUGUAAUGAGGUGAGCAACAUAUUGGCAAUAAAGACCUGCAACAACA